AUGGCCAUUUCAUCUCCUAAUGCAAAUAUUUUGCCCUUCUCAUGCCUCUCUCCAGGGUCUGACCUGCAAGUAUGUAUCCCGAAGGGCUCCACAUGCUGCUCGAGAAAGAUGGAGGAGAAGUACCAGGCAACAGCCCGCCUGAACAUGGAGCAGCUCCUGCAGUCUGCCAGCAUGGAGCUGAAGUUCCUCGUCAUCCAGAACGCUGCUGUCUUCCAAGAAUCCUUUGAAAUUGUAGUACGGCAUGCAAGAAACUUCACCAACAGCAUGUUUAGGACCCACUACCAGAGCAUGGGGCCCAGAGCUCUUAAGUUUGUUGGAGAACUUUUUACUGAUGUCUCGCUGUACAUAUUGGGCUCUGACAUCAGUGUUAAUGACAUGAUAAAUGAAUUUUUUGACAGUUUAUUCCCUUUGGUUUACUCUCACUUGAUUAAUCCCGGCUUCCCCGAUCCGUCUGUGGAAAUGACUGAAUGCCUGCGGGCAACAAGGAGAGACCUCAAAGUCUUUGGUAACUACCCGAAGAUGAUGAUGACGCAGGUGUCUAAGUCGCUGCAGGCCACGCGAGUUUUUCUGCAGGCGCUCAACCUGGGGAUCGAGGUGAUAAACACUACAGACCACUUAAAAUUCAGCAAGGACUGUGGGCGAGCGCUGCUAAAGAUGUGGUACUGCUCGCACUGCCAGGGGCUGCUCCUGGCCAAGCCCUGUGCUGGCUACUGUGGCGUGGUGAUGCAGGGAUGCUUGGCGGGCGUCGCAGAGAUCGAUAACCACUGGCGAGAGUACAUCAGGUCAUUGGAGGGGCUGGCCAAAGGCAUGCGUGGCAUCUAUGACAUGGAGCAAGUCCUCCUGAACCUCUUCUCCCUGGUGCGGGACGCCAUCGUCUACGUGCAGAGGAACGAAGGAAAGCUCUCAACAACCAUCAGCCGGUUAUGUGGCCAUGCUCAGCAGAGGCAGUAUCGAUCAGCCAGUUACCCCGAAGACCUUUUCGUUGACAAGAAAGUCCUGAAGGUGACUCACAUCGAGCAAGAAGAAACUUUGUCAGGCAGGAGGAGGGAACUCAUUACGAAGCUGAAGUCCCACAGCAGUUUUUACAGCAGCUUGCCAGAGUACAUUUGCAACCACAGCUCCGCUGUUCAGAACGACACUCUUUGCUGGAAUGGACAAGAAGUCGUGGAGAGGUACAGUCCCCAGAUCACAAGGAACGGAGCAAAAGCUCAACCUGGCAACCACGAGGUGAAGAUGAAAGGUCCCGAGCCAGUGAUUAGCCAGAUUAUUGACAAGCUGAAACACAUAAACCAGCUGCUCAAAGGGAUGGCUUUGCCCCACCGAAAAGCUCCAGGCAAAACCCCGGAGGAGGAGGAGGAGAGCGGAGACUGUGACGAUGAAGAUGACUGUGGCGGAGGCUCCGGGGAUGGAGAGCUGCGAGUGAGGAACCAGCUCCGGUUCUUAGCAGAGCUGGCGUACGACCUGGAUAUGGAUGAUGUCUCUGCAAACAAGCAGCUUCUGAAUCAGCAAAGCAAAGACAGCGCCACGGUCCCCAGCAGCGACCCCGGGAGCGCAGGGCUGCUUUCUGGCCCAGAUGUAGCUGGUGAGAGUGUAUUGAAGGUCAUUCACGUGGGGAGGAACCGCCGGCACCCAUACACGCUGGGGGUACUGGUGGCGGGGUACAGGGCUGUGCUUGCCCUCUCACCGCCUCGAGAUGCUCCUGCAGAGAGUGAGGAAGACUGA